AGUUUGUUUACACUCUCCAUGUAACCGUUGUCAACUGAAUAAAUUAUUUUAUAAUUUAAGCGUGCUAAAGCUUAUAGCUUGUUUGUGUAAACGAAAUAUUCAUUGUUAGGUGACUAGAUGAUUUUUUUUGAUAUCAAGUUGUAAAAGUCUUCUUUAAAGUUACUGCAAAAACUACAAAAUGAGGACUAUCCCGAAAUGGGUAAAUAAAAUUCACGAAGCCGAUAAAAUUGAAUUUUCAAGUGUUCAUACAAUAUGCUUUAGUCCAGAUGGGACCCAAUUAAUAGUUGGAGCAGGAGAGAAGGUAAUGGUGUACGAUCCUAGAGAUGGAGCCCUAGUUCAACUUUUACAAGCUCAUAAAGGAGCCGUUCAUGCAGUUGCAUACUGUAAUGACGGUAAGAAAUUUGCUAGUGGGAGUGCUGACAAAAACGUUAUAAUAUGGACAUCUAAAAUGGAGGGUGUUCUUAAAUAUUCGCACAAUGAAGCAAUUCAAUGCUUAGCUUAUAAUCCAGUGACAUAUCACUUGGCAUCAUGUGCAUUAUCAGAUUUUGCAUUCUGGUCAGCUGAUGUAAAAGCAGUUCAAAAAUACAGGGUCAAUGGUCGUAUUACAAGCUGCGCAUGGUCUCCAACAGGACAACAUUUAGCUAUAGGAUUAGCAAAUGGAGGAGUAUCCUUACGCAACAAGUUAGGUGAAGAAAUACAGAAAAUAAUACGAGAUGCUGCAGUGUGGGCUGUUACUUUCUUAAAACAAACUCUCUUAGUCACUGACUGGAAUGACACUUUAUCUUUUUAUGAUAUUCAAGGUCAACAAGUUUUAAAAGAAAGAAAUAUAGAGCUAUCAGCAUUAUCAAUAACAACACUUGGUGCUUUAGUUUUGGUGGGCGGCAUUGGAGGUUGGUCAGUGCUGACUUCUGAAGGGGUUUUAAUAGUCUCUACACCUGUUGAAUGGGUGUGGUCUGUUGCACCCUCAAAUUCUCAAAACUCCAUGGCAGUAGCUUGUCAAGAUGGAACCCUGUGGUGUUAUCAAGUAGCAUAUAGUACAGUACAUGGGUUGUACCGUGAACGGUAUGCCUACAGAGAGAACAUGACGGACAUAAUCAUACAACACUUAACCUCUGGAAAUAAAGUUCGGAUUAAGUGUCAUGAUAGAGUGCAGAAAAUAGCCAUCUAUAAACAUCGUUUAGCAGUGCAAUUACCGGAGCGAGUAGUGGUGUAUGAACAAGGAGACUUGGAAGGUAUGCUCUACAGAGUUAAGGAAAAACUAAUACAAAGGAAUGAGUGCUCACUAUUGGUUGCUACCAGUGAAGCUUUACUUAUAUGCCAGGAUACAAAGCUUUCGAUGAUUGGUUCAAAGCUACCCAAGUCAUGGACAGUUCCCGCUCCUAUUCGUUAUGUCAAAGUAACAACUUUACAACUAGAAGAGGUUUUGCUAUUAGGAUUGUUUAAUGGGCAAAUAUGGCAAGUGGAACCAGCCAGCGGGGUAGCUAAGGUAAUCCUGCAAAGUCCCGGCAACGUCCGCUGCCUGGACGUGAAUGCAUCGCGCAGUCGUCUAGCGGUUGUCGACGAGGCGUCUGUUUGCCGCGUGUACAGCUUGACGAAUGGCGAACUUCUUUAUACGGAAGAAAAUGUAACAGCGGUAUCUUGGAAUUCCUGGUGUGAUGAACUGCUUUGUCUAUCGGGCGGUGGACUUUUGUCUAUAAAAGCAGCUCACUUCGCCGCCGCCACUCAACCUUUAACCGGCUCUGUUGUAGGAUUCCAGGGAGGCCGUGUAUUUUGCUUACAAGCCAACUCUAUGCAAACUGUAAAUGUACCGCUUUCUCAUGCCGUGCACCAAUAUAUACAACAAAAAUUGUUCAAUGAUGCGUAUGCAGUAGCUUGCUUGGGUGUAACGGCCUUAGAUUGGGAGCGACUCGGCACUGCAGCAUUGGAGGAGUUAUCCUUCGAAGUGGCGCGUAAAGCGUUCCAGCGCAGCGAGAACAUUACUUACCUCACACUCAUUGAUCAAUUGCAGGAGCGCAUCGAAAACGGGGAGAAGCAUGCUGUUAUAGCGGGCGAGGUUGUCGCGCACUUGGGACGAUACACGGAGGCUGCACGCAUAUUCCACAGUGCGGCGAGGGACGACCGUGCAUUAGCCCUCUAUCUCGAUUUGCGUAUGUUUAAUAAAGCGCAGGAGUACGUCAGUGAGGGUGAUGGGUUAACGAAUCUCGCGCGUCAACGUGCGGAGUGGGCGCGCCGAGUGAACGAACCGCGCGCCGCAGCUGAGAUGUACCUCGCUGCGGGCGACGUCCAGAAGGCGGCGAAGCUGCUCGCUGAAAGUGGACGACGUGAUAUGUUAAUAGAGCUUGCGAGAAAGAUGGAUAAGGGUUCAAGCGAAUCUCUCCGUCAUAUAGCUGAAGCCUUAGUCGCUGUUGGGGAAUAUGGUACUGCCGGUGAUGUUUACCAGAGACUUGGAGAUUUUAAGAAAGUCGCUCAACUGGCCGUUAUAGCAGGCGAGUGGUCCCGAGCAUUCAACCUCGCUCGUGAACACGUCGACUGCAAACAGGACGUGUACUUGCCGUACGCUCAUCGUAUGGCUCAAGAGAAAAAAUUCGUUGAAGCUCAGAAAGCGUACCAUAUGGCAGGCGAAACUGCAACUGCCAUGCGCGUCUUCAAUGUACUAGUGGGGAACGCUGUCACUGAAGAACGCUACAGCGACGCGGGCUACUUGCACCACUUACUCGCAUCUCAGUGUCUCGACUCGGCUGCGACAGCGGAAGGGGAUCGCGAUGAACUGCUGCACCAGUACAAGCAAUACGACCGCCUGGCUCGUAUCUAUCAUGCCUACGACGCCGUGCAUCGCUGCGUGCACGAACCUUUCUCUCUGUCGCAGCCGGAGACGUUACUCAACGCAGCACGUUACGUCCUAGCGCUGCUUGACGGAGACCCACCUUCUGGUGUCUCUAUGUUUUGCUUAUAUCUGUGUUUGGCUAAACAAGCUAAAGUCCUCAAUGCCAAUACGCUGGCUCGGCAAAUGUUAGAUAAAAUUUUAGGUCUGCAAGUGCCACCCAAAUUCCAGGAAGGUGUGGAACUGUUGAUGCUAAAGAGCGGCGGCGUUACUGAUACCAGCGGGGAGGAAGACGUUGUCCCGUUGUGCUGGCGAUGUCGUCGGCACGUACCACCUCUCGCAAAUCAGUGUCCACGAUGUAGACACAAUUUAGCUUACUCUUUAGCUACACAUGAGGUUCUACCGCUGGUUCAAUUCGAGCCCACGGAGGGCAUCACCGAAGUGGAGGCGAUGGACCUGAUUGAACGCAUGCCCAUACCAGAAGUCGAAAAAAACCAAACAGAAGGUGCCGAUAUUCUACGGAUAAAUCACGACAUCGACUAUUCGGACCCGUUCCUGGAUAAAGUAGAGGAGGAAGAUGAAGGUAUUGUAGAAUGUAGUCGGCUCGCGCUUCUUCAACUCAACCCAGCCUGCACGGUGGUGGUGAGACGCGCGCCGCUACCACCCCUCUACUACCGCAACAUGCUGCCCGAGCUGCCGGUCACCACCUGUCCCUCCUGUCAUAACUUGUUCUAUAUGGAGGACUACGAAAUACAAGUAGUUACGAAGGGUCAUUGUCCAUUCUGUAGACAACCGUCACAAGAAAUAAGGGACUUCGAGGACAGUAGAGAAGGCUCGUUGACGAACGACAUCGAAUCGCCGACGCCUCGCAGCCCCAGCAAUGGAGACGUCACGUGGCAAUAAUAAGAAUAAUCGAUUUUAUCGCAACUUAGGAUAUUUUAUAAUGACUAUACCUAAGUUAUGAUUUAUCGUUGAUUUCAAGUUUAUUAAUGCGUAAGGAUAAAUAAUAUUUUAGUGUUGUAUAUUUUCAGCACAAUAAAUAAAAGUAAGUAUCUGGUAGUUAUACAGCAGCCUCAUUGCAAACUUAGUGUAUUUUUCUGAAUAAUUUCGAUCGUUAUUACAUUAUAUAUUAAUUUCCGCAAAGUUUCACCUGCCCUGUAUUUAUGUCCGUGGAGUAGUUUAUAAUAUAGUCAGUUUAUUACUUGAGCCAACGGACAUCAAGGAUUUCGUGUUGACAGAUUUUAUAUUCAAGGGGUUCAGUACAAAAAGCAUUGAUAUAUUGAUCAUAA